CGGGGCAUGCGGAUCCAGGCGGAGCGGUUUUUCGGGGUGUUGUGAAUUCGUGUAGCCAAGACGAAAUCUUGAGUGGGAGUUGUCGGACCGAUUUUGUUGUGCGAUUUGUGUCGUGAUUUCGCACCGAUCAGCAGCAGCAGCGAUGCCCGGGAUAGAGAAGCUGCCGAUAGAGGAGACGCUGGAGGACAGUCCGCAGACGCGCUCUCUUCUGGGAGUGUUUGAGGAGGACACUGCGGCCAUCUCCAACUACUGCACACAGCUCUAUCAGGCCAUGCACCGGAUUUACGACGCACAGAAUGAGCUGAGUGCUGCGACACACCUGACCUCCAGACUGCUCAAAGAGUACGACAAACAGCGCUUUCCUCUAGGGGGCGACGAUGAGGUGAUGAGCUCAACCCUGCAGCAGUUUGCAAAAGUCAUCGAUGAGCUGAGUUCCUGUCAUGCAGUCUUGUCCACCCAGCUUGCAGACGCCAUGAUGUUUCCCAUCACUCAGUUUAAAGAGAGAGACCUGAAGGAGAUCCUCACUCUGAAAGAAGUCUUCCAAAUAUCAAGUGAUGAUCAUGACACAGCCAUCAACAGAUACAGCCGCCUCUCAAAGAGGAGAGACAAUGACAAGUUGCGGGCGGAGGCUGUGGAGGACGUCUACACCUCGCGCAAGAAACAGCACCAGACCAUGAUGCACUACUUCUGCUCGCUCAACACACUGCAGUACAAGAAGAAGACGGCUCUGCUGGAGCCACUGCUGGGCUACAUGCAGGCCCAGAUCAGCUUCUUUAAGCUUGGUUCAGAGAAUCUAACCCAGCAGUGGGAGGAAUUCCUGGGAACCAUCGGAACCAGCGUCCAAAAUGUGCGUCGGGAGAUGGAGGAGGAGGUCACUCAGAUGCAGCAGACCAUCCAGGAUAUGGAGACAUCAUGCGACCCGCUGUAUGCACCGUGUGACCCUGACCCCGCCCACUCGCCUGUGUGUCGCAGCCUGACCAGGAAACAGGGCUACCUGUACAUCCGCAAUAAGACGGGGCUGGUGUCGUCGUCCUGGGAGCGUCAGUACUUCUUCACGCAGGGCGGUAACCUGAUGCAGCAGGGCCGCGGCGAGGUGGCAGGCGGGCUGGUCACCGACCUCGACAACUCCUCCGUCAUGGCGGUCGACAGCGAUGACCGCCGCUUCUGCUUCCAGGUCACCUCCUUCGAUGGCAAAAAAGUGGUGACGCUGCAGGCGGAGAGCAGGAAGGACUGCGAGGAGUGGAUCUCCACCAUCAACAACAUCUCCAAACGCAUCUACCUGAGUGAGAACGCAGAGGAGAUUGCAGCCAGAGUGAACCAAUCGGCUCUUGAAGCCGUGACGCCGUCGCCGUCCUUCCAGCAGAGACACGAGAGCAUGAGACCCGGCAGUAAAGGGCGAGUGGGUCGAGCAGGCAGCAUCAGCUCUGUGGGCUCCGAGCCAUCGCCCGCCCUCUCUGUGCUCUCAUUGGAUGCCCUGGUUGCCCCGGAAACACCCAUCCAGUUUGACAUCAUUUCCCCUGUCAGCGAGGAGAACUCAGGACAGAGCAAGGCGGCAGCACAGUCCGGCAGAAGGAGUAAUCCCUUUGGAGAGUCUGGAGACAGCACAUCAGAGGACGGUGAAGACUCGAUCCUCCACCAGCUCUUCAUCGUUCGCUUCCUCGGCUCCAUGGAGGUGAAGAACACAGAGUCACCUGACAUCAUCUCUGAGACCAUGAGACAGAUCCUGGCAGCCCGAGCCAUCCACAACAUCUUCAGGAUGACCGAGUCCCACCUGCUGGUCACCUGCGACUGCCUCAAGCUCAUUGAUCCUCAGACACAAGUCACACGGCUCAGGUUCCCUCUCUCCACUGUGAUCCAGUCCGCCUCCCAUCAGGACAACAAGAGGCUGUUUGGGUUCGUUCUGCAGCAGGCAGGCGGGCGAGCCGUAUGCUACAUCUUCGAGUCCAACAACGACGGAGAGAAGAUCUGUGACAGCAUCGGUCUGGCCAAGCAGAUAGCCUUCCACUCUGAGAUGGACCGGAAGGCGUCAGAGAAGAGGAAGGAGCAGGACAAGGCCAAAGAGAAACAGCAGGAAGAACUGAGCAAACAGAAACAGAUUGAGAAGGAUCUGGAGGAGCAGAGUCGGUUGAUCGCCGCCUCGAGUCGCCCUGCCAACCCGCCUGCCUCUGACGGACAGUUCCUUGUGCUUAGCAACAGCCAAUCAGAGGAAAGCGACGCCGGGGGGGAGGAGGGUAAGAAGAGGGGCGAGUCUGAAGCCUAACAAAGCGAGAGGAGGGGGACGCAUGUUUUAACCCCCCAGGGAGAACCCAGCUGUUGCUGUCAAAUCCAACAACUCAGGAGUCACCCGCCCGUCUCAGCUGCCUGGGAAUGAAAAACAUGUGCACCCUCACUGCUGGACUCUUUGAAGGUUGUGGUGGAGCUCGUCACUUUGAAUACAGAGGAUAAACUAAACUCACCCUCGCUAUAAGAAGAGGAGGGCAGCAGGCGUGGAAACGUCUGGUAACGGCUUUUUAUACCAGCUUCACACGUCGACUUUAACCUGUAAGUUUCUGUUUUUAAGUUUGUUUUAUAAAAAAAAAAUAAAAAAAAGAGCUAACAGCAAUGCAGAGGAUGAAAAAAACACCGUGGGGAAAAAAAAGAACCAGGAUGUGACGGAGAUGUGGGAGGAGACACAGAAGGCAGAGAGGCUGGAGGUGCUGUGACAUCGCAGCGUCUGUGAGAUACAAGAAGAGAGUUUGAACGAGAGAGCAGGAAGUCUUAUUUUGAAAAACCUUCCUGUGUGAUGUGUUUUUCUUCAUCAUUCCUGAAAGCAUCCUGCACGGGGACACAGGUUUUUUUUCUUUCACUCCUUCCUCGUUGGAAGUCUGCAGACAUUGCUGCAAGUUCAUGCAAAACAUAAAAGAAAACAGAACUUUCUGCUUUUGCGAAACUAACCACUGAAAAGGCGACAUCGCGUCAUGCUUUAACUUUACUAGAUAUGAACGAAUCACAGCGCGCACAGGUAGCUCUGCAGUCGACUGGAUUCUGCACCUCUGGGUUUAAACUCAACUCCUCCGAAGUUUUCAACACAAAACCUUUUCAUCCUUAAGAAAAUGACUUCUAUACGUUCUCAAAUGUUCCCGUGUCUUUCAAAUCAAACUUUAUUCAUACAGCACCUUUCAGACAAAUUAAAUUGCGGUUCAAAAUACUUUGCAAGAGUGCAGAAAAGUUAUUGACGAAAAAGUCGUUUAUAAAAUCACUGAGAGACUAAUGCACACUGAUAAGAAUUUCAUAAAAUAAAAAUGUAAAAAAUAAAAAGACGACACAUAAAAGCAUUAAGAUAAUAAGAUUAAUAGAGAGAAAACAUUUAAAAUUGUAGUAAGAUUUAAAAAAAAAAGACGAUACAAUAAUGUUAAGAUUUUAAUUUAUAUAAAGCACUAUAUAAAAGCCAGACUGAAUAAAUUAGUUUUAAGACUGCGUUUAAAAAUCUCAGACUCUCCACAGUCUCCGGAGCGUAACAUACUAUUCACCGUGUCAUGGCGUUUGGAUGUAUCGUGUGGUUACAUCUCGUCAGGACUCUGGUUCUUUAAAGUUUUGGAUACUUUGACACUUUUCAAUCCCACGUCUUUUAUAACAAAACAAUCCCCUUUAAUGUCUUCAGUCACAUUUGAACCUAAAGCUGCUGCGAGUGAAAGAGAGAGGGCGGCGUCUAAACUGCACAAUUACCAGAGGAGAACAUUCAAGAUGAUUCACAAUGUGCUGAUCAUUGAGAAUCCUGAACGGCUCAGCGGCUACUUAGCCCCGAUACUUAGGCCAAGACGUCGGCCCUUUCCUGUCCACUCGUCGUUGUUUACUUUUUGAUUUGCAACCCGAGUGGACGAGUGGAGUUUAUAGAGUUUAAACUUGAUCAGCUGAUUGCUGCUCCAGCAUACAAACAAAAUUUACUCUAACGUGAUUGGUCACAAGUCUUAGGAAGAGAAGCUCAUUUCAGACACUAAAUUGAGUCCCCCUUUCCUUCAGAUUCUGCAGUAGAAUACUGAUACUGGUUUAUAGAUAUUAGUGAAGCACUGUUCUGAUAUUUAGCUCAUUAAACUGAGAAGGGACUGAAUACUUUUUAUGAGAAUGCAUGGUUAAAAAAAAUACUAGAAUAAGAAAAAAAAAAGGCCUUUUUAAAAGUCUGAAAACGUGUCAUUGCCUGAUCGAAGGAUCUGACUUUUAUGUUUUAUACUUGAACUUUUUUUUUUUGUUGUUGUCUCUGAUAAUUUGGUCUGACACCGUUUAUUCAUGUGGAGAACUUUGAGGGAGAUUAAUAUCUAAUUUAUGAAAAGGAUCAUGUUUCAUAAAAACGUCUCCUGCAUGUUUCUCUGUUACAUGCUUCAUGUUUGUUUGGGGCCUUUUAUGUAUCAUAGGUUUUUAUGUGUUUGCUUUUCUCCAGAGUGAUCUACAGAGGUGAUUAUCUGUAGAGCGAUAACGUAAUGAGUCAUCAGAAGAAGGGGUCUGUUAAAGGUCAGCAGACAAACCUCUUCAUUCAGCCUCUUAAGACGUUUCUGAAUACUUCAGAUGUUACUGAUUUUGAUUCUGAUUUGUUCCUUUGGGACGACGUUUUUUCUCGCUGUAAACGGCUGGAGGACUCGUGUUGAAUGAGCUGCACUUUACGGACGCAGAGCGAUUUAAAAAGAAACAAAAAACAUACAAGACGAGCAUCGAUGAUGUUUAACUGUAAAUAUGUUUCAGUGAUAAUUGUUUCAUGUGUCAUGAAUAAUAAAAAAAAAAAAGGCUUUUCAGUGAUAAAUAAAGCACUAACUCCACC